AAACACCCUCACUGAAAAGAGCGGCCAACGUUCUUUCUUUAUGGAACGUAUUAUAAGGUUGUUAGGCUCUGAGUAGAUCUACAAUUGAAUAUUAUAUACUGUCAUUCGAUAUUUAAACAGCCGUGAACCGUAAACCGAAACGUGUAUUUGUUUUACUAUUUUGUUUCCAAUAAAAUACUGUCCGAACCAUGUCUAGCUGGAAAAAGGCAGGCAAAUCGAACCAGAAGGUGCACCGGGAAAGAGCACAACCGGAGACCAGAGCCCAUCUGGGAUUGCUGGAGAAGAAACAAGACUACAAACGACGCGCCAACGAUCAGCACGAAAAAGAUGACACCCUGAAGCUGCUCCGGAAGCGGGCCUUGACCCGCAAUCCGGACGAAUUCUACCACCACAUGAUCAACUCGAAGGUACAGAAAGGUGAACAUCGUGAGUUGAACCAGGAAAAGGACGAACAUUCGCCCGCCCAGAAACGGCUGAUGCACACUCAAGAUUUGCGCUAUGUCAGCAUGAAGCGGGUCAUGGAAUCGAACAAGAUUAGCCGGCUGCAGGCCCGACUUCACAUGACGGAUGUUGCCAAUGAAACGACCAAUAAGCACAUUUUCUUCGUGGAUGAUGAACAGGAAGCCAGGGAAUUUGAUUUGGCGAAACGGCUGCAGACACAUCCCAGUCUGAUCGGACGAAAAACCAACAGACUUAAGCUGGAACAAUUGGGAAAACUGGUGCUGAAUGUAGAGGAUGAAAAGGUAAUUCAAGCAAUGAACGAAGAAAGGAAAAAAUCCUACCAAGAAUUACAGCGUCGUGUCGAACGAGAAAAAGAGCUCACUAUCAUUCAGCAAAAAAUGGAACUGAAACGAGCUUUACAGGCAAAGCGUCUUCGAAAAGCAAAACGAGUUGUCAAGGGUACGAAAGACAAUGCCCCCGUGUACGAAUUCAAAUACGAAAGGAAGCGGUAGGAAUUACAACAACGGUUUGUGUUUUGUUCUUAUCGAAUAAAU